ACAACAUUGCCAAUCGCGAAGUGAAAAGACAUACACAAAAAUACUUUUCUCUCCAACAAAUACAAUAUAAAUUGCGAAGAAAAACGUUUAAUUUAAUCAAAAAACCGACCGGGAGUGAACUAAUAAUCCAUUAUUGUGUGCGCGUGAGUGUGUGUGUCUGCGCAAACUAAAUAAAUAAUCAAACACACACAGCAGCGAUUAACACACAAAAGCUACACAGAGUUUAAUUAAAUUACAAGCAAAAAGCAUAAGUAAAAAAAAGCAAAGGCAGGUGUGUGCGUGUGUGAGUGUGUAAUUGUUUAUGGCAAGUGCUGGUUAGCAAAACAGCUGGCAACUAGCAGUGCUUGUAAAAAGUUUACGAAAAUUCCUGCCAGAGUUAUGCGAAAAAAUUGAUUUUCCACAACGAUUGCAACUAACUGCAAAAAGUCGGCCGAAAGCAGCUGAAAAAGGAAAUCCACCCUCCCCUCUCACCCAACCAACACCCCCAAUCGACAGUGUCGGUGUGUGUGAGAGAGUGAGUGAGCGCGUGUGUGUUAAGAGUGUGAGUGUGUUGUUAUUGCUGCUGCAGCAAAAGAAAGAGAUAAAGGAUCCAAAGCAGACGCGUCUCGCUGCCGGCGACGCCUGCAAUGAAUAUUGUCGGGGAAUAUGAAUACAGCUCCAAGGAUAUGCUUGGCCAUGGCGCCUUUGCUGUGGUCUACAAAGGACGUCAUCGCAAGAAACACAUGCCGGUUGCCAUCAAGUGCAUUACCAAGAAGGGACUGAUCAAGACGCAGAAUUUACUCGGCAAGGAGAUUAAAAUUCUCAAGGAACUAACAGAGCUGCAUCAUGAGAAUGUUGUCGCUCUCUUGGAUUGCAAGGAGUCCCAGGAUUGUGUCAAUCUGGUUAUGGAGUAUUGUAAUGGCGGUGAUUUGGCGGAUUAUCUGAGCGUUAAGGGCACUCUGAGCGAAGAUACUGUCCGACUCUUUCUUAUACAACUAGCUGGUGCCAUGAAAGCACUUUAUACCAAAGGAAUUGUGCAUCGUGAUCUCAAGCCACAAAACAUUCUAUUGUCGCACAACUAUGGCAAAACUCUGCCAGCACCUUCGAAAAUAACGCUUAAAAUUGCUGACUUUGGUUUCGCGCGUUUCCUAAACGAGGGCGUUAUGGCAGCCACACUGUGCGGUUCUCCCAUGUACAUGGCACCGGAAGUCAUUAUGUCAUUGCAGUAUGAUGCCAAGGCCGAUCUUUGGUCGCUGGGCACCAUUGUCUACCAGUGUCUGACGGGCAAGGCGCCAUUCUAUGCACAAACGCCCAACGAGCUGAAGUUCUAUUACGAGCAGAACGCCAAUCUGGCGCCCAAAAUUCCACAUGGUGUGUCGCCGGAUCUGCGCGAUUUGCUGUUGUGUCUGCUGCGACGCAAUUCUAAGGAUCGCAUAUCCUAUGAGAACUUCUUUGUGCAUCCCUUCCUGCAGGGCAAGAAGGCAGCAGUGUCGCCAGUUGACAUGCCGCCGUUGUCGAGUGGCACGCCGCCCGUCAAGGCUAAAAGUCCGUUGCAGCAGCAGAUGGAGCAGGAGCUGCAGCUGGUCAAGCUGGCCGAGCAGCAGCAAAAGGAGCGCGAGGAGCAGGAGGCCGCACAGGAGGAAGAGAAUACCGUUUCUGUGGUGGCUAAUCCGGCCAUUUGUGCCACCAUCACCAAUGUGGGCGUGCUCUGUGAUAGCGAGAACAACAGCGCCUCUUGCAGCUCCCACGAGGACUCGGAUGACUUUGUGCUGGUGCCCAAGAACCUGCCCGAGGAUCAGCGUCAAGCCCAGGCGCAGGGACAGACAACGGCUGCUGCCCAAGCACGCCAGCAACAGCAGCCAGCACAGCAUCAAUCCAGUCCACCGCGUCCCAGCAGUCUGCCCAUCUCGGAGCCCAAACCAGUGCCGGCGCCAGCGCGUCGAUUGGCCGCCGCUGCCGCAGCAGGUUCUCCCGGCCGAAGUGGCAUGCCGUUGACAGUGGCUACGCUUGCGGCAGCUGGCCAGCAAAUACCACGAUCGCAGCCCAUUAGCGUAAAGCAGCCGCGUGCGGAUCAGCGCAAGAGCAGCGUGAGCAGCGACAUCAAUUCGAUAUCGCCGCCAGCGGUGCAAUUUGCCAUUGGCACACCGCCGACCCGUGUGAGAUCCGCGUCGGGUGGCUCGCUGUCGGAGACACCGCCUCCGCAUGCGCCCAGCACAUGGCAAGUGUCGCCGGGCCACUCGCAGUCGCCGUUGCGCCGAAGCGGCAACAGUUCCCCGGUGCUGCCGUCCGCUGCGUUGACCAAGUUGCCCACAUUGGGCAGCCCCACGCUGCUAGUGGCGCCCGGUUCGCUGGGUUCGAUUGGUUCGGCUGGCAGCGGCUCGGAGAAUAACAAUCAACAUCACAUGUUGGGGCCACGUGCCUUCACCUUGCCCGAAUUGGGCGCCACAGGCGGACUGCAGAGUCUGCUAGAUACCGCGGUUGGAGCUGGCGGGGUGGGCGGCGAGCCGCAUGCAUUCCAGGCACCCGAAUUGUCCGAGGAGACGCUCAUGGAUCGCGAGCACAACGAAACCCUUUCCAAACUCAACUUUGUGCUCGCCCUCACCGAUUGCAUUCAGGAGGUGGCCGAUUCACGCUGUGCUCCGCUCUCCACGCUCAUGGUCGCCGGCAGCCAGACGGCCGCCGAGCAGCAUCAGAUACCGCCACAUGCUCCCGAGCACUGCAAGCGUGCCGAGCGUCUAGUGCUGCUGGUGCGUGCUCUGCAAUUGCUGUCGUCCGGCCUGAAUUUGGCAUCGCAGCAGCUGCGCAACGGGCAGCUGAAACCCUCAUCCAAUGUGAAGAAUGCGCUGCUCACCAUGAACGCCAAGUAUCGCAGCAUAUUGUUCGAGUCGAAGCGUCUCAAUGGCAGCGGCCUGCUCCAAAAGGCAAAUGCAUUUAACAUAACCGCAGACAAGAUACUCUACGAUUAUGCGUUGGAUAUGUGCCAGGCGGCUGCGCUGGAUGAGUUGCUGAAGAACACGAAGAAUUGCUUUGAGCGCUACAACACCGCACACAUUCUGCUGCACUCGUUGGUCCAGAAGUGCAAUCAUCCCCAGGACAAAUUGCUGUUGAAUAAAUAUCGCGAUGCGGUGGAGAAACGUUUGAGCAUAUUGCAACAGCAUGGAUAUAUCUACGUGACCGAUGAGAAUGCCUAAAACGGAACACAACAUCAAUUUGUCGACAAUUCCUUAAGUUAUUCAAUCCCCCCACAUAAGUUGAGUUGAGUCGUAAAACAUGUGAUUAAAGCAGAACUACAAACACACACAUAGACCAUAGAUAAACACACACAUAUUUAAUGAUAUCAUUUAAUCUUGAGCAAUGUUUAAACAAAAAACAAAAAAACACAAAACCACAAAACCAAACUGACAAAUGUCCAAUGU